AUGGCCAGGCUGCCCCACAGGACCAUCAAGGAAACCCAGCGUUUGCUGGCAGAACCAGUUCCUGGCAUCAAAGCAGAACUAGAUGAGAGCAAUGCCCGUUAUUUUCAUGUGGUCAUUGCUGGCCCUCAAGAUUCCUCCUUUGAGGGAGGGACUAAACUUGAACUAUUCCUUCCAUAAUAAUACCCAAUGGCAGCCCCUAAAGUACAUUUCAUGACCAAAAUUUAUGAUCCUAAUGUAGACAAGUUGGGAAGAAUAUGUUUAGUUAUUUUGAAAGAUAAGUGGUCCCCAGCACUGCAGAUCCGCACAGUUCUGCUAUCCAUCCAGGCCUUGUUAAGUGCUCCUAAUCCAGAUGAUCCAUUAGCAAAUGAUGUAGCGGAGCAGUGGAAGAUCAACGAAGCCCAAGCCACAGAAACAGCUAGAGCAUGGACUAGGCUAUAUGCCAUGAAUAGUAUUUAA